UAAGAAUUCGACCACUCGUGAAGCGGACACUAACACAGAUAGACGAUUAUACGGCGAUCGCAGACCAGUGUCACCGAACAAGGACCGCGGAUUGCUGCCGCUGGUUCCGUGCGCCGCCGCCGCUGCCGUCCGCAUAGCCAACGUCUGUCAUCAAUGUAUCGACGAGCCGACCGCGGAUGGGUAGUGCAAAUGUCAGGUUGCCUUCAAAUAACUAUGGCCACGAUUGAAGAACGAAUGGCUCGCAUUGUUGCUCGUAGACAAAGGACUGGGCUCUUGGUCGUAUCGCGUGUUCUAACAGAAGCUGCUCGUAGAAAGACAGAGAUUGCAUGCUCCUUCAGUGUAUUGGUACACGUAUGUACUGUUGCACUGGAGCAUGCCAUGGUGGUCCAUCAUCAUUUGGAGAUCAAAGAGCGAGAUUUGCUAUCCCAUGAUGGUGUCCAGCACUUGUUUGAGGCUACUGCAGGUCCACGAUUUCGGAAGAAGAACUUCUUAGCAUUGCAACCCCUCCAAAACUCACUGACCAGCACCAAGCGCUUUAAUCCAAGGUCGGAUAAUCACUCUCGGGCCAAGCGGCUCAACGAAACCCUGGACUUCGGAUCAUUGUGUCCCAGUAUGCGAGGUUGAACAACUCGUGCUCUAGUCGAAAUGCCGUAAGGGCCCGCGCGGAUGAUCCGGUGAAGACCUGGGACGCGAUUGCUACACCCAUGCACAGACAUAUGCCACACA